AUGGGUCCAGAGGGCCCAAUGACUCCCAUGGUGGUCAUGUUCAAGUCCUUGAAAGUAUCAUCGAGCUGCACCCAGGAGAUCUUGGAUGAGCUGGUCUGGGGCUUCAACUACUCCAACUCCCUAGACAUGUGUCAGGUGCACCAGGCCACCCAGGAUCAGUGCUGCUGUGAGAGUUCUACCCGGGACCUCUUGGAUGAGCUGCUCUACAUGUUCAGCUACUCCCUGUCCCUUGACAAGCAGCAGGUGUCUCAGGCCACCAACAACAUCCAGGGCUGGUCUGGCCUGAGAAAAGGUCCCAAUUCAUGUUCAAUCUCAGGACUCAGGGAAUCAACCCUGUCCCUGGAUGAGGCCUGCACGAUGCUGAUGCUCAAAGAAGGCACAGUGGAGAACUUCCUACACUCCCUGGUACCAUCCUUCCCGGAUAGAAGCAUCUCAAAUAUCACCACCAUUUUCUGCAUUGACCAGGUGUUCACCUCAGCCCAAUGGGUCCUGGCCCAGCAGUUCAAUAGCACCCUGUCUCCCAUCUUGGGUACCUGGCCUGACCAGAAAUUGCAGGAUAUCUGGCAGUCCCCGCACUGUGCCCAUUUGGAGGUCAAGGGGACCUAUGAGCAUCUGAAGUGGCCUGCCUGGGACCUGAAGAACUGUGCCCCCCUUCUCCUGCUGCAUCGGGAGCUUCUGGGGCCCAUUGAGGCAGAGGCGGAGGGGCCAGCUCUAGGGCUCCUUCCAGCUGCAGAGCCAGAAAAAGGGCCUCCUGUGGAGCGAGAGGCAACCCUGGCUCUGUUUCAACCAUCACCUCAAGGGGCAGAGCCAGCCUCACCUCCAUCAGCCGUUCCAGAACUGGAACAAGUGCUUGCAGCUUCCGUAUGUGUUCCGGACCCUGAGCCGCAGUCAGCUGGACCAUCAGCUUUUCUGGGAGUUUUCACUCCAGCUGACAAAACAGAAAGUGAGCCCACUCAGGUCCCAGAGGCUUCCUGCCACCGAUAUGUCACCCCAAAGAACCAGCUGAAUGAAGAGAAGCCCAACCUCCUGGACUUCCCUCCCAAGCUGGUGGCAGAGCAACUGACAUACAUGGAUGCGGAGCUGUUCAAGAAGGUGUGGCUCCAUCACUGCCUGGGCUCUGUCUGGACCAAGCGGAAUAAGCCUGGCAAUGAGCACCUGGCACCCACAGUCCGGGCCACUGUCGCCCAGUUCAACAGUGUGGCCAACUGUGUCAUCACCACCUGCCUUGGCAACCCAAGCAUGACAGCCCGGGACAGGGCCAUGGUGGUGGAGCACUGGAUCAAGGUGGCCAAGGCCUGUCAAAUCCUGCACAACUACUCCUCCCUGCAUGCCAUCCUCUCGGCCCUGCAGACUGUCUCAAUUCACCGCCUGAAGAAGACAUGGCAGGAGGUUUCCAGGAAGUGCUUUCAAAAAUUUAAAAAGCUGUGUGCCGAAGACAACCCCCAGGGCAGGAAACUGCUCAUCAAGGAGCGGCCAUCUAAUAAAUUUGCCAGGCUGCUGAUGGACCUCCGGGGAGCCCGUAAGAGGGUACAGAAGAAGGUGGGUGUGCCUGAGGGUGUCGUCCCCUACCUUGGCACUUUCCUCACUGACCUGGUGAUGCUGGAUACUGCAAUGGAGGACUAUCUGGAGAGUCUGGCCGAGAAGCCAGGCCCGUUAUCCGUGUAUGCACGGCCCCCUCACAUGUCCUGGCAAAAGUGCAGAUUGACAAGUGGUGGGAAUAAAGUGCUAGAAAACAAAGUUCUGAUGGAGAUCACGCUGCUCCAAAAGGCUGCAGAGAAUUACAACAUAGAGCCCAAGGAUGCAUUUCAGGCCUGGUUCCAGUCUGUGGAGCAGCUCAGCGAUGAUGAGAGAGUGAAGAAAGCUCAUCAUUCGGACGAGGAGCCGCGCCAGUGGAGAGUCCAGCCAGACUUCACGAACCCGUUCUGGCUUCACCUUCGACAAGACCCUACCAACUGA